GCGAGGGAAUCGGAGGUUGCAGCUGGGCGCUGUCAUGGAGCUGCAGCAGAAAGUGCGGGAACUGGGUUGCUGGGCGGCGGAAGAGAUGGGGGUGCCCGAGGCGGCCCGGGCCCCGGAGUCGACACUGCGCAGGCUGUAUUUGGGCCAGGGAGCUGACAUCUGGGCCUAUGUCUUACAGCAUGUGCGUAGUCAAAGGAAUAUCAAGAAGAUUCGGGGAAACCUACUCUGGUAUGGCCACCAGGACAGUCCAGAGGCCCGUCGGAAGUUGGAGCUGGAAGCCACUGCAGCCCGCCUGCGGGCGGAGAUCCAAGAGCUAGACCAGAGCCUGGAGCUGAUGGAGCAGGAGUCUGAGUCUCAGGAUAUGGCCAUGGAGCAGGCACUGCAGAGCCUUCGAGACACCCAGCACCAAGCCCUCCUCCUCCAGGCCCAAGCUGGGGCUGUGCGGAGGCAACAACGUAGGCUCCGAGAGCCCAUGCAGAGACUGCAGAAUCAGCUCCAGCGCUUGCAGGACAUGGAGAGAAAGGCUAAAGUGGAUGUGACCUUUGGACCCCUGACAUCAUCAGCCCUGGCCCUGGAACCUGCAGUGUUGCGUGACGUCCGGGCAGCCUGCUCCCUUCGAGCCCAGUUCUUGCAGACCCUUCUGAUUCCCCAGGCAAGCAGAGGCAGCAUCCCAAGCCCCCAUGAUGACCAGUUUGGAACUUCCUACCAGCACUGGCUUAGCUCGGUGGAGACGCUGCUGACAAACCACCCUCCAGGCCACGUCCUGGCUGCCUUAGAGCACCUGGCUGCAGAGCGGGAGGCGGAGAUACAGUCCCUGUGCAGUGGCGAUGAACUCAAAGACGUGGAGAUAGCCAGGCCCCAGGCACCAGACCCAUCUGGCCAGGCCCUGCCAUCCACAGUGCAUCUCAUCCAGGAGGGUUGGCAGGUUGUGGGCGCACUGGUCACACAGAGGGGCACCCUCCUGAAAGAGCGACAAGUCCUGACUGACCGCCUCCAGGGCCUGGUGGAGGAGAUGGAGAAACAUGCCCUGGGAUCCAGUGAGAGGAAGGUGCUGCUUCUGGGGCUGCGAGGUUGUGGCCUGUGGGCAGAGCUCAAGGCCCUGCGUGCUCAGAGACAGGAGCUGCUGGGCGCAGCUGGGCGCAGGCAGCUCCUGCUGCGGGAGCUUCAGGCCAAGCAGCAGCGGAUCCUGCAGUGGCGCCAGCUGGUGGAGGAGACUCAGGACCAAAUCCGCCUGCUCAUCAAGGGAAACUCGGCAAGCAAGACGCGCCUGGGUCGGGGCCCGGAGGAGGUACUGGCUCUGGUACAGCGCAGAAUCAUCCCCACUGCUGAGGCAGUGGCACCCCAGAGCCAGGAGCUGCUCCGCUGCCUGAAGGAGGAAGUUAGACAUCUCCCCAACAUGGUGCUGAGGUUGAAUCCCCUGUCUGCGACCCUGCCAUCCAUCCAUCAGCUGCACCCUGCCUCCCCAAGGGGCUCCAGCCUCAUUGCUCUAAGUCACACACUGGGGCUGCGUGGAGGGAAGGCCCCAGAGCUGUUGCUUCCAAAGGCUGCCUGUCUCCGCCAAGACCUCCUGUUCCUCCAGGAUCAGCAGCGUCUCCGUGGUGGGGAUCUCCUCCACAUGCCUCUGGAACUGUCCACCCAAGAGCUGCUGCAAAUCCAGGCAUCCCAGAAAAAGGAGCAGAAAGAGAAUGUGGGGCAGACACUGAAGAGGAUGGAGACCUUUCUGAAACAGGCACUGGAACGGAUCCCGGAGCUUCAGGGGGCUGUAGGGGACUGGUGGGAGCAGCCAGGUCAAGCUGCCCUUUCUGGGGAGCUCUGUCUGGGCCUGUCUCUGCCCCAGUGGCAGCUGCGCUGGGCGCAGGCCCAGGGGGCACUACAGCAGCGGCGCAAAUGAAGAUGGACUCAAAACAGAGUGAAGAAUUCCCCUUUAGCCAAGGCUGGUGAUACAUGCCCAUAAUUCCGGCAUAGGAAGCUGAGGCAGGAGUAUUGCCUCUGUGAGUUCCAGCCACCCUGUCCUACAAAGCAAGUUUGAGGUUAGCCUAGGCUACAGAGUGAGACCCUGUCUCAAAAAUAAAUAAAUAAUAAACUGUGUCACACUUGGUCACCCCAACACUUCACUUCCCUCAAUAAAAUAAUUGAAAGAUA